UGAACAGGGACUUGGGAGGCCUUCUUCCGUGACUCUGGGCCACUGGGGUCAUAGUCCCUGGUCCUCUGUCCCCACUACUUGUCAUCAGGGCUCACUCCUGAAUACCCCCUCCCUAGCACAAUCAGUGACAAGGCAAGGGAACAGAAGUUUACUGACGGCUUGCAUCCCACUGAUUAUCAGUGACAUGGCCAGGAAGGCAUGGCUGUCCCCAUUUUAUAGAUGAGGAAACUGAGGCUCAAGUUUGGGCUGGUGACUAAGGGGAGCAGCAUGUGGCACGUGGCUUGAGGCAUCACUCUUCAUCCUGAAUAACUAGGGAGCAGGCUGGCCCCUUAAGCAUGUGAUGCGUCAAGGGCCGGUAGAGUGGCUUUCUGGGAAUUCUGGCCAGGCCGGGAGUACCUCCCUUAGUGUUGGCAGGUCUUCCAUCUAUUCCUCUAGGACCUCCUGGGGCACACUGCUGGCCUCCCAGGGCCUCUUGGAGAAGCCAGGUCCCAAGGGGCAGGGGUGCUGGGCCCUCUCCUGCGCUGCCGGCCCGUGAGUGGGGCUGUACAGGGGCUCAGGCGCUUCUGUGAGUCAGAAGCUGCUGCCUGCAAGCCAGGGAUGACUGGGGUUCUGGUUAACACUACCUCCUUCUCAGCCUUGGGCAAGGUACCACCAGGAGGCUUCCCCUCCGGCCCCUCAAAUUGCCAAUGAAAGCUGCAGAGACACUGCAGAGCUGAGGUCCUUGGGAAUGGGGAGGUCAGUAGCAUCCACUCCACUCAUGUUCCUGGCCUGAGGGACCAUCCAGGUCCCUAGGCCCACAGAGCCCCAGGCCCUGGGCUAGGGCAUCCUGGAUAGCAGGCUGGACUUCCUAGGCCUUGUCUGGAAGGCUACAGGGAGCUCGAAGUCCAGGGGGCUGGCAGGGUGGCUGUCCCCCAAUUCCUGUCAUCCCCCAGGGCACUCAGGCCUCCUGCUUUGCGGGAAAGACACGUCCCAGAACUGAUUUCUCAGUCCAGUCCCAGCCCUGCUCCUGUUCCUGCCCCUCAAGGGGCCCAGAGUCUGGGUGUCAGGGUCUCAAACUGCCAGAGAGGCAGGGCUGCAGUCCCAGCACGGGGGCAGCCCCACCCAGCCUCAUCUUCCUGCCGCCGCCCGCGCUGACUCACCACCUGAUCUACUUGGCUGGGGCGGGGGCUCCUGCCUCAGAGCCCAGGCUGGCAGCAGAGCAUCUAUAAAAGCACGCCAGUCCAGGUGGCAGCAUCCUGCUUGGUUGUCACCUGUCACAGCACGAUGCUGGGAGGCCUGGGGAAGCUUGCUGCCGAGGGCCUGGCCCACCGCACCGAGAAGGCCACUGAGGAAGCUGUUCAUGCCGUCGAGGAGGUGGUGAAGGAGGUGGUGGACCACGCCAAGGAGGCUGGAGAGAAAGCCAUUGCCGAUGCCUUAAAGAAGGCCCAUGAGGCAGGGGACAAAGCAGUGAAGGAAGUCACUGAGACAGUGACCAACACAGUCACAAGUGCUGUCACCCACGCGGCGGAAGGCCUGGGCAAGCUGGGACAGUGAUCACGCUUGCCUCCAGGGCAUUCUUCCUGAAUCUCAAUAAAAAGCUGUGAAAUGUGUA